GGGUGGCACUUCUACCCAGCCGUACAUGAAGGAGGAGGAGGAGAAGAUGGCCGCCAUUCUGAGGGAAAGGAAAGAGAAGAAAGAGGCCAAGAAGAAGGCCCUACAAGAGGAGCAGACGACAAAGUUGAAAAAAAUAGAAGAAGAGAUGGCCAGGGAAAAAGAGAGGUUGAGGAAGGAAGAAGAGGAGAAGUUGAAGGAGGUGGAAGAAGAAGAAGAAGAGGGACCGCCACUGCAGAGGAGGAGAGGGCAGCACAGUGGCCGCAAAGAUGACGAGAUGGAGAAAAAGAUUUCGGAGUGGGUCGCCAACUUAUCCCUGGGCGAAGAAGAAGAGGUGACUAUGUACAUCCCCAAGGAUGCUAUGGAAGAUGAAACGAGGAUGGAGUGGAAACUCGCAAUGAUGAGGGAGAAGAAAAGGAGAGUGGACGCGGCGAGUGCAGCAGCAGAGGAAUUAGCGGAGUUGCGGACCCUAACUACACAAUUGACUCCGCAGGCAGAUCUCCAACGUAAAGUGGAGAUCAUUGCCCAGAGCGUCGAGCAUUUAGCCAGGGUGCAAGAACAACAAUAUGACUUCAGUCGGAGUCAAGAUAUCGCCGUGCGUUCGAUGCGGAUGGGAUUCCCGGACUUUGCUCACGAAUUGAUAGGUGUUGUAGGGGCUGAGGUGAAUCAUCGCCUCGAGAAGACUGAGCGCUUCUGUGUCGGCGCCAUUGAAGGCGUCAAGGUGGCAGCUCCCAAGGAGGAAGAAGCACAUCCUCGUAGGGAACCAGUCAAAGUCAAAUUCCCUGAUUCCUACAGUGGAAAAAGGGAAGAAAACUUUGACAAUUGGGAGGCCAAUGUCAAGACCUAUGUCCACCUGCAACAGGUCUCCCCGGACCAGCACGUGUUGAUAGCAAUCCAUGCGCUCAGAGACGAAGCUGCCAGUUUUGCGAGAUCCCUAGUCCGCGUUGCCGACUGCAAUGAUGAUGCAGUUGCCUACUCGUCAUUCACCCCCCUCGUUGACUUUAUGAAAUUGUUGCGCGAGCGGUUUGCUGAUGUCGCUCGUAGUGUCAAAGUCUCAGAUAGGCUUCAGACAAUUCACUCUCGUCAGUGGAAGAGUGUCAGGGCACUCAAAGGCACAAUGGACGAACUAGUGGCUGUUCCUGACCACGGGGUCACUGAGACCCAGUUGGUCAACCUCUUCUACCGGGCUAUGCGCGAGUCGCUGCGUGGCCACUUCUUUGCGAAGAGCCAGGACCCUGCUAUGACCUAUGAUGCACUCAGCAGGGAGGUGGUCGCGUUCGAGGCGAAGUCUGUGUCAGUUUCUACUUACUGGCACAAAGACUUAGAUAACGGAAAGAAGUGGAAGGGCCGCACUAAGGAUAGCCUUGUCCUUACUUUAGAUGAGGGUAGUGUGGACGAGAUCCCCUACGAGCAGAUUGAGUGGGGAUUAGAGGGUGAGGACAGCAGUGUGAGCCAAGUGAGAACUUAUGCUGAUGAUGCGGCUGGAGGGAGGCCGCAAGGAGGAGGAAGAGGCCAGGGCCAAGGGGGCCGGGCCGCAGGGGGCCGAUUUCAGGGCGAUCAGGGGGUUGGCGGCAGAGGAGGAAACUGCCAAGCGGGAGGAAGGGGACAAGGUCCCCCGCAAAACCGUCCUAGGAAUAGGUCUCCCUAUAGGCCUAAGGAGGAGAAGCCCAUAGACCCUGCUAUUGCCCAACUGCUGGAAGAGUUCAAGGACUUAGUCGAGCCGCCGACACGAACAGUGUCGCGGCCCAUCCAGCACCGCAUUGAGAUAGAACCUGGCAGUAGAACUCCUAAGGGAGCUGUGUAUAGGAUGUCCCCGCGGGAGCUAGAGGAGCUUCGCAAGCAAUUGGACGAGCUCCUAGAGAAGGGUUGGAUUAGGCCCAGUUCGUCUCCAUUUGGAGCACCUGUUCUGUUUGUCCCCAAGAAGGAGGGAGAGCUAAGGAUGUGCAUAGACUAUCGGGGUCUGAAUGCUAUCACAGUGAAGAAUGCUGAGCCACUGCCUAGAAUAGACGAUCUCUUAGAUCGAGUGCAGGGGGCCAAGUACUUCUCUAAGAUAGAUUUAAAGUCCGGAUAUCAUCAGAUAGAGGUACAUCCUGAUGAUCAGUAUAAGACAACCUUCCAGACUAGGUAUGGGCACUAUGAGUUCAUAGUGAUGCCCUUUGGACCAACCAAUGCGCCAGCAACUUUUCAACGAUGUAUGAAUGAUUUGUUUAGGUCAUGGUUAGAUACAUUUGUUGUAGUCUACUUAGAUGACAUUUUAGUGUUUAGUAAGACCCUCGAAGAGCACCAGGGUCAUCUCAGGCAGGUCUUGGAGAAGCUGAGGGAAGCUAACUUCAAGAUCAAUGCAAAGAMGUGCGAUUGKGCGAAGACCCAAGUCUUAUAUUUGGGCCAYGUCUUASACGGAGACGGCGUCAAGCCAGAAGAUUGCAAAAUCGCAGCGAUUAGAGAUUGGCCCACACYGMGCACGYUGACAGAAUUGCGGUYGUUUUUGGGCUUAGCUAACUACUAUAGGAAGUUCGUGAGGAACUUCUCCACUAUCGCUGCGCCCCUUCGCAGAUUGCUAAGGAAAGAGACCAUCUGGAAGUGGGACAAGGACUGCACGUCUGUUAUGAAGAAGUUGAAACAGGCGUUGAUAGAAUACCCUGUCCUUAAAGUGGCCGAUCCGUCCUUACCCUUUGUCGUUACUACGGACGCCAGUCAAUACGACAUAGGUGCAGUGUUACAGCAAGACGAUGGCAACGGUUAUAGGCCCGUAGAGUUCAUGUCUGCUAGGAUGCCUUCAGAGAAGGUUGCGACAUCUACCUAUGAGAGGGAACUCUACGCUCUCAGGCAAGCCUUAGAACACUGGAAGCACUACUUGCUUGGGAGGCACUUCAAAGUCUAUUCUGACCACGAGACAUUGCGAUGGUUGAAGACGCAGGCCAAGAUGACACCUAAGCUUACUAGGUGGGCCGCAGAAAUACAUCAGUAUGAUUUGAGCUCAAGCCAGUCAAAGGGAAGUAUAACGUAGUUGCGGAUGCUCUGAGUAGGAGAGCUGAUUACUUUGGGGCGAUAAUGCAUUAUCUAGAUAUAGGGAGAGAUCUGCAGCAGAAGGUUAGAGAAGCCUACGCGCAGGACCCUAUCUAUAGCGACCUCCUCAAGAGAGUCAAAGAGGCCCCAGAGACUGAACCAAAUUACCGCACUACUGAAGAGUUUCUUUUUGAGAAGACUAAUGUGUUCGACCGGUUGUGCAUUCCUAAUAGUGAAGAGAUCCGCAGUUUGAUCCUAGGAGAAUGUCACGACACAGAGGGUCAUUUCGGUUGGCAAAAGACUCUAGCCAAUCUAAUGCAUGCGUAUACCUGGCCCGGAAUGAAGAAUGACUGCAUAG